AUGUCUGGCCCGACUGCUAUGGACGAUGAUGAUCUUUUCCAAGCAGAACUGGUGGAAACUGAAAAGCAGUUCAAAAAAGAAGCAAAAAAGGCGGCGAAGUUAGCAAAGUUAGCAAAGUUGCAGGAGAAGUUAAACAAAAAACAGCAACAAGAACAGCAAUCUGCUGUCAAACCGAAGACGGAGAAAAAAGUAAAAGAAACGAAAGAAGCGAUCAUGUAUGGAGGCACCACGAGAGAAGGGGAAAAGAAAGAUUUAACUGGCCCGUUCCCGGACGCAUACAGCCCGCAGUAUGUUGAGGCCGCGUGGUAUAGCUGGUGGGAGAAGGAAGGAUUCUUUAAAACAAAGUACGGGCGUAACUUAAAUAUUUCGAAUGGCCAAUUCGUCAUGGUCAUUCCAUCACCGAACGUUACCGGUUCUUUACAUAUGGGCCACGCGCUUACGAACGCCAUCGAGGACGCCAUUACCCGUUGGCACCGGAUGAAGGGGCAUAUUGCGUUGUUCGUGCCGAGGUGCCAUAAUUCCCGUAUUGCCUUCCAGUUAGCCCAAAUGCGGUGGCGCAAAGGGCAGCAAACGCGUCGCGACCUCGAGCGCGAAAAGUUCAUCGAUAAGAUCUGGCAAUGGCGCAACGAGAAGGGCGAUCGGAUCUACCAUUGGUUAAAGAGGGUCGGCUCGUCGUUCGACUGGGAUCGCGGCCGCUUUGAGAUGGACCCGAAAAUGUGCAAGGCGGUGACGAAAGCGUUCGUUCGGAUGCACGAGCGGGGUCUAAUCUAUCGCAGCAGCCGGCUAGUCAACUGGUCCUGUACGUUACGGUCGGCCAUCUCCGACAUUGAGGUGGACAAGGUGGAAUUGGCUGGUCGGACACAGCUUUCGAUUCCUGGGUACACCGAGAAGGUCGAGUUUGGUGUUUUGGUGUCCUUCGCGUACAAGGUGUGCGGUAGUCAGACGGAGGAGAUUGUGGUGGCCACUACUCGUGUGGAGACGAUGCUCGGCGAUACGGCGGUGGCAGUACAUCCGAACGACGAUCGCUACAAGCAUCUCCAUGGAAAGUUUGUGCAGCAUCCGUUUUGUGCCCGUCAGCUUCCGAUUGUGUGCGACGAGUUCGUGGAGCGGGAGUUCGGAACGGGUGCAGUACCAAUUACUCCGGCGCAUGGUCCUAACGAUUUCAAGGUAGGCAAGAGGCACAACCUGCCGUUCGUGACGAUAUUCACCGACGACGGAGUUAUCACUGGCGACUAUGGGCCGUUUACGGGCAUGAAACGGUUUGAUGCGCGAAAGGCCAUUUUGACGGCACUCCAAGAGCGGGGUCUCUAUCGGGACACCAAGGACAAUCCGAUGGUCGUGCCGGUUUGUUCACGAUCGAAGGACAUCGUGGAACCGCUGAUCAAACCGCAAUGGUACGUACGCUGCAGUGAGAUGGCGGCCAGUGCGACGGAAGCGGUCCGUUCCGGAAAACUCAUUAUCGUACCCGCGGUGCACCGAAAAACUUGGUACCACUGGAUGGACGAGAUACGCGAUUGGUGCGUUUCCAGUCGGUUGGGGUGGGGUUAUCCGAUUCCGGCCUACCAAGUGAAUACCAGGUUUUCUAUUCUACCGAGUGAUUUGAGCGAUGAAAACCGUUGGUUUGUUGGACGCUCUGAAGCGGAAGCCCUGAGGAAGGCGGCCUCGGCGCUGAAUGUGAAAUAUUCAUGCAUUAUGCUGCAGCAGGAUGAGGAUAUGCUGGACAGGUGGUUCUCCUCCGGUCUGUCUAAGGACCCAACUUUGGCAACGAGGGUUUUCUGUGAAAAGCUGUUUGGCGAGCCACCGUUACGGAAGGUGUUACUCCAUCCGAUGGUCCGAGACGCUCACGGGCGUAAGAUGUCCGAAUCGCUCGGUAACGUUAUUCACCCGAUGGACGUUAUAUUGGGCAAUUCGCUCGAAGGGCUGCACGAGAAACUGCUCGAUUCAAAUCUUGAUCCACGCGAUGUCGAAAAAGCGAAAGCGGGGCAGAAGCAGGACUAUCCGAACGGCAUACCGGAGUGUGGGAAGGAUGCACUUCGGUUUGCGCUUUGCGCCAAUAUGACGCAGGCUCGUGUUAUCAAUCUGGACAUCAAUCGUGUGCAAGGAUAUCGGUUCUUUUGCAACAAAUUGUGGAACGCCACCAAGUUCGCCCUCAUGUAUUUCUCGGGAACGGACACGUACGAUGUCAUUACAACGCUGGACGGUGCAGAAGGUGGCAAUAUUGAUCGAUGGAUACUUUCACGGUUAGCUGGGUGUAUAGAGGUGUCAAAUCGAGGCUUCGAGAAGUAUGAGUUCGCUUUGGCGACCAAUGCGUGCUACAAUUUCUGGCUCUACGAUUUGUGCGACGUGUAUUUGGAGUGUUUGAAAUGCGUAUUUCAGACGGGCGACGAACGCUCUCAGAACAAUGCACGGCGCACACUCUACACGUGUCUCAAUCUCGGCCUGAAACUUCUAUCACCCUUUAUGCCAUUCAUAACGGAGGAACUCUAUCAGCGGCUACCUAGAGGGGACCAGCGAACGGUGGCGAGUAUCUGUGUUGCCCCUUACCCGGAACCAGCUGCAUGCUGCUGGAAGGAUGAAUCGAUCGAAAAGGGAUUCGAGUUUGUGCAGAAAACGGCUCGCGAUAUACGCUCCGCUCGUAGCGAUUACAAUAUCCCCAACAAGACGAAAACUGAUGCGUACUUCAUUUGCGCAGAUGAAGGCGUACGCAGCGCGCUGGAACGGUUCGGUGGCGAACUGGAAACAAUGGCUUACUCGACGGUACAUUUCGGCAUGGACCCACCUGCCGGGUGUGCGAUUCUUACCAUCACGGGUCAGUGUGUGGUACACCUGAUGCUCAACGGUUUGAUCGAGGUGGACAAAGAGAUCGAAAAAAUGAUUAAAAAGCGGGAGACGCUAACGCAAACGGUGGCUAAGCUGCAGCAGCCAAUGUCCGUAUCAAACUAUACCAGCAAGGUACCCGAAGACGUUCGGAAAGCGAACCAAGAAAAGUUGAAUCAGCUGGAGGUGGAAAUCGAGCGACUAAACGGCGCAAUCGAUAUGUUGAAAAUGAUGUAA